GCUCUGCACAUCCUUGCGUUGUCCGCUGGGCCCUUCAUCCCAUCCUACGAGACCUUGUGCGUCCGUGUGAGCGAAGUUUGGGUGCUGCCUCGCACGGUGCUGAUGACAUCUCUAGGCCACUAUCCCGCCAUGAAGCGCAUCCUCUCGCUGUUGACCGCAAUGCCGGUGGCGAAGCUUACCGGGCAGUCAGAAACGCAGGACGACGACACGACGGUUCCAACAACUGCCGAGCCAUCCCCGAUGACAUCACCGCGCGCCAACCAGGGCCUUCGUGGCCUCCUAGGUAGCAAGGCCAGACUGAAAGCGUUGGAAGAAGAUCCGAAUUCCCCGAUCGACUUGGCCUCCAAGCUGCACAGAAGAAGUGAGGCGAAGAGAUAA